CGUCAUGCGGCAUUGCUCCUCCCUCCCGCUGGCGUAUGUCGGUCUUUCCGGUGUCUGUGUGCUGGUCCUCUCGCGAGUUUGUCAUUCACAACAUUGCCUCCGUCGGAGCCAGCAGAGUAAAGCGGCUCGACGCCAUUUUCAGCAGGAACGAUGCUCGUUGUCGAGCAAGCGGGAGCCCCCCGAUCGCGAGAGCCGCCUGCCCGCCCGCCUGACAGCCGCCUGACAGGCCUCUAGUUGACGCGACAGCUCAUGACGGUCCUGUAGCCGCCCUCGUCGGGAAAGGCUUUUGGAUUUGGCCAGCUAGCCGGCGGCUAACGCUGCAAGCUUUGAUUUACUGGAAGGACUUCGGCUCGGCCGCAAUCAUUCGUCCGGCCUCCGGAGCGGACCGACCGGCCUCUCGCGUCCCGGACUCGUCACCGUCAGCCCGCGCGGAUUCGCCUUUUGCCAGCCAGGCGUACGCCGGCGUUUCCUCCGAUGAGCGCGGGCCGGCUCCGGCGUAGCUCAGCAGCGUCGGUCACGGGCGGCGCCCGGCCGGGACCUCCGUCGCCGCCAUGCCGUCGUCGGCGCGAGCGGGGAGCCUGAAGGACCCCGAGGUGGCCGAGCUCUUUUUCAUGGAAGAUCCGGAGAAGCUCUUCGCCGACCUGCGAGAGAUCGGCCACGGCAGUUUCGGCGCCGUUUACUUUGCGCACGAUGUGCGCACCAACGAAGUGGUGGCCAUCAAGAAGAUGUCGUACAGCGGCAAGCAGUCCAACGAGAAAUGGCAGGACAUCAUCAAGGAAGUCAAGUUCCUCCAGAGGAUCCGUCACCCGAACAGCAUCGAGUACAAAGGAUGUUAUCUGCGCGAGCACACGGCCUGGUUGGUGAUGGAGUAUUGCCUGGGCUCGGCCUCCGACCUCCUGGAAGUUCACAAGAAGCCACUGCAGGAAGCGGAGAUCGCCGCCAUCACCCACGGCGCGCUGCAGGGACUGGCCUACCUGCAUUCGCACAACAUGAUCCACAGGGACGUUAAAGCGGGAAACGUCCUGCUGACCGAGCCGGGGCAGGUCAAACUGGCCGACUUCGGCUCCGCCUCCAUCGCGUCGCCCGCCAACUCUUUCGUGGGGACGCCGUACUGGAUGGCACCCGAGGUGAUCCUGGCCAUGGACGAGGGCCAAUACGACGGCAAGGCGGACGUCUGGUCGCUCGGCAUCACCUGCAUAGAACUGGCCGAGAGGAAGCCGCCCUUGUUCAACAUGAACGCCAUGAGUGCCUUGUACCACAUCGCUCAGAACGAGAGUCCCGCGCUGCAGUCCGGCGAAUGGAGCGAUUACUUCCGCAACUUCGUGGACUCUUGCCUUCAGAAAAUCCCGCAGGACCGACCGCACUCGGACGACGUGCUAGGCCACGCGUUCCUGCAGCGCGAGCGCCCCGACUCGGUCCUGACGGACCUCAUCGCCAGGACCAAAGACGCCGUGCGCGAGCUGGACAACCUGCAGUACCGCAAGAUGAAGAAGAUCCUCCUGCAGGAGACCCACAACGGACCCGCGCCGGAAGCCCCCGACCCGGACGAGGUGCGUAGAUUCCCGUCGGCCCGCCGCCUCGAGGCGAGGGCCGCCGCUGAAAGGUCGGCGACGCGUCAGGAGCCGGAGGCGGGCGGCGGUCGCGCCGGCACGGUGGACAGCGUGGGCAGCGGCCAGUCCGUCCCCAGCACGUCCAUCAGCGCCAGCUCGCGGAGCGGCUCCGUCGACAGCCUGGACGACGCGACGGGCGACGGCGAGCCGGAACUCGCCGACGGGGACCGCACCGUCGUGUCCAACAGCUCCGUCGUUCGCGUCGAACCGGAAGAAGAGGAGAGUCGCUCGGGCGACGGGGCGUACGGCGGGCCGCCGUCGGAGGCCCGGGCCGCGCCCGGGAAGCAGCGACGAAACCGCGAGCACUUUGCCACCAUCCGAACCGCCUCCCUGGUGACCCGCGAGAUGCAAGAGCACGAGCAGGACUCGGAGCUUCGCGAGCAAAUGUCGGGCUACAAACGCAUGCGACGGCAGCACCAGAAGCACCUGCUGGCGCUGGAGAACAAGCUGAAGGGCGAGACGGACGAGCACCGGCUGCGUCUGGACAAGGAGCUGGAGGGCCAGCGCGCCAAUUUUGCCCAGGAAAUGGACAAGCUGCUCAAGAAGCAUCACGCCUCCCUGGACAAAGACCUGAAGACGUUCGCCAACGACGAGAAGAAGUUCCAGCAGCACAUACAGGUGCAGCAGAAGAAGGAGCUCGGUGGCUUCCUGGAGUCGCAGAAGCGCGAGUACAAGCUGCGCAAGGAACAGCUCAAAGAGGAGCUGAGCGAGAACCAGUCCACCCCUAAAAAGGAGAAGCAGGAGUGGCUGUCUAAGCAGAAGGAGAACAUCCAGCACUUCCAGGCGGAGGAGGAGGCCAACUUGCUGAGGAGGCAGAGACAGUACCUGGAGCUGGAGUGUCGGCGCUUCAAGCGUCGAAUCCUGGUGGCCCGACACAACGCCGAGCAGGACCUGGCCCGGGAGGAGCUGAACAAGCGUCAGACGCAGAAGGACCUGGAGCACGCCACGCUGCUGCGGCACCACGAGUCCACGCAGGAGCUGGAGUUCCGCCACCUGGCCGGCAUCCAGAAGGCCCGCGCCGAGCUGAUCCGCACGCAGCAUCAGACGGAGCUGACCAACCAGCUGGAGUACAACAAGCGACGGGAACGGGAGCUCCGGCGCAAGCACUUUAUGGAGGUCCGCCAGCAGCCCAAGAGCCUCAAGUCCAAGGAGCUCCAGAUCAAGAAGCAGUUCCAGGAGACGUGCAAGACUCAGACCCGCCAGUACAAAGCGCUGCGCGGCCACCUUCUGGAGAGCGCGCCCAAGUGCGAGCACAAGGCGCUGCUCAAGAGGCUAAAAGAGGAGCAGACCCGCAAGUUGGCCAUCCUGGCCGAGCAGUACGACCACACCGUCAACGACAUGCUCUCCACGCAGGCCCUUCGGCUGGACGAGGCUCAGGAGGGCGAGUGCCAGGUUCUGCGCGUGCAGCUGCAGCAGGAACUGGAAUUGCUCAACGCCUACCAGAGUAAGAUCAAAAUGCAGACGGACGCCCAGCACGACAAGGAGCGACGCGAGCUGGAGCAGAGGGUCAGCCUCAGGAGGGCGCUGCUGGAGCAAAAGAUCGAGGAGGAGAUGCUGGCCCUUCAGAACGAGCGCCUGGAGCGCAUCCGCUCUCUCCUGGAGCGGCAGGCCCGCGAGACGGAAGCCUUCGACUCGGAGUCCAUGCGCCUGGGCUUCGGCAACACGGUCCUGGCCGACGUCGCCCCCGAGCCGCGGGGAGGCGGCCGCUGGCCGGCGGCGCGCCCGCGGGGCCAGCCCGCCGCGAGCCUCCGUCACCCGGCGGGGGCGGCGACCGGCGACGGCCCCCGGGCCUCGUCGGGGGGAGGGAGGAGCGAACGCGGCGUGAGCAGAAGCGCCAGCGUCGCCUCCGACGCCUCGCGCCUCUCCUACGCCUAGCGUCGGCCCUUCGCCCGCCGCCUCCGACGGCCGGAGCGCUUUCGGACGUCGCGAGGGCCGGGAGCCGAAGUUCGAACGGGACGUCGACGCGAGCGCCAAUUCGCGCGGACGGGGCGGCGACGCGAGUGGCUCGGACAACGCGUCGGAACAACGGAAAACUUUUUUUUUUUUUUUUUUUUCCCCCCCGCUUCUUCGCUCGGCUCGUCGGCCGAGAUCGACUUUUAGCCUUCCGUUUUCGGGGCCGGUCCGCCUCUCGGCCAAUUUCCCUCCGAGACGUGCCGCGAGAUUGUCCGACCGCGUAUUUGGCUAUUUUCUACAAUUGAGUCUUUAGGGCCUAACAAAAACAAACAAAAAAAAGGAUUACGAGAACAGUCAUAAAUAUCACGUGAUUGAAGUUUCUCAUUGAAUUGCUCCUUCGGGAUAUUGUACAAUGACAACAAAGUCCAAACUAAAUUCGUGACCGAGAAAAUGUUCUACCUUUUUCUUCUUGUAAUACUGCGUCACGUGACUUUGUUUUCCUCGCGAUACUGUAAUAUCACAUAAAGCGAGGGAGCGCGACGACUCCAUCGCGGCUCAUCUUUUUUCUCGUAAUACCGCCACGCCGAUCCGGUAAUAUGACCGCUUUAUUCUGGUCGUCCCAUUUCUUUGGGAGGCCGGAGGGAAGGUUUGGCCGAGAAAAGAUGGGCCGGCGAGCUAGCCGCCAGUGUAAAUAUGUACAUGCGGAGAACGGUAGAGCGCGUGGCGUUACGUGUUCACAUGGUAAAUGUCGACGGCGAACGGAAGGAGCCGAGCUUAUCCUUUCCCCGGACGUCAGGAAAGGAGAGAUUUUUGUCUUGUGAUCCAUCUUCAAGCACUUUCCGCUCUUGAUCCAAAAUAAAGGCAGAUCAGAUGACGUGUCAUUUGUCCUUUUUCAACAGGCGAGCGAAAGGCGGCUGAAAAUUCCAGGAAUUUUCGUUUCAUUUCAUGACACGACCCUGCCUGUCCUGUCCUGUCCUGUCCGCUCCGUAUCUAAAGAGCUGAAAUCUUCAUGAUGGACCAUUGCAAAGUCAUUCCCACAAGCUUUUGCUUCCAAUGAACAGAUAGAGUUCAACUAUAUUGAUUCACGAGCGGAGGCGUCGCGUCCCAUUAGGCAAUCCAGGCAAUAGCCUAGGGCCCCCGGCCAGCAGAGGGCCAACAGAUUUAGCUCACGCAGCUUUACGGCACUGUCGCAGCGACAAGUGGAGGGAGUGUUUCAAUACCAUGGAAUCAUUUGGCAGGUUUUUUAACGAUUCUGUUAUCAAUCCCAAUCAGCAUUAACCAAGUCACGUAGACUGUACGUGCUUAAGAAAGUCCAGUCAGCUAUUAAUACCACAUGAUUGUUUAAAGAGUGACUCACCAAGUACUCUCUGGAGCAUCCUUGCCGAGUUGUUUGCCGUCGAAUUUCACAGGCCACCUCAUGAUUCACGUGACUAAAAGAAAUGGUGAUUUUUUCCAAAAAAGUCUAUUAAUAGGUCUAUCGUAUUCCUCGUCAAAUACUCUAUGAGAAAAAUAUAACAUAUAUGCAUCUAAAACAAUCCUAAACGAUUUUAUUGGCAAUUUUAAUACUACCUUUUAGCAAGGUUCCUUGGGGCUUCCCGGUGUAAUGUCAACCUCUAGGUGCCAGGAUGUGAUCUCUCUGUUGACGGGCUCUUUUGACCUUGCGUCUAAUUGAAUUUGAUUCCAAAUCCAACGUCCACAGUCACGACGGAGAGUGGUCUAGUUGAGAAAACGAUGGCUGAGCAAGACGGACGAGAGGGAGCCCCGUCAUUAGUAAGUAAAAGAAAGAGAUCUGUCAGCAAGAUAAUUAUUAGCCCAAUGUUGUGAAUAUGCGUGAAUGAGCUGAACACGUGGUUAGCGCAUUACUCUUACUUGUGAAUCUUUAUAUGACUAACUUGUGUUUAUUUAUUGCAUUCACUUAAGCAAAUGACAUUACAAAAUACAAACUUGAAUGAAUAUUCUGCCAUCGCUGUACCUGCCUUAUAGUUAGUUAGUAGUGUUGUGAUACUGAAUUGGUACAUUCUGUAAAGUGGAUACUGUGUAGGGUGACCAUAGUUUGAUUUCUAAAAAGAGAGGACACUCAGCCCGGCCUCAAGAUACUUGAAUCUUACUCAAAGUUCACUCCAAGAUGCCUAUAUCACUUUAAUAUAUUUAAAGUGUGCCCCCUCACUCUGGAU